CAAUAUGCCUCUAACCAGAGUCCACUGUACUUGGAUACAACCAACGAGCCGCUCCUCGGUACACUAUCAAGCCGCCGGAUCACUUCAAUCAUUAUAUUUCCAUCUACUUCAAAAAACUUCGAAAAACGCAAUGGAAAUAUGCAUAGAUUCCCUACGAUCUGCCCAGAACGCGAUCCGAGGUGGCGCCACACGACUGGAAGUCUGCUCAUCUCUUUCCGAAGGUGGGCUGACUCCCACCCCAGGAUUACUUCACGUAAUCAAAUCUUGCAAUUCGAAAAUUCCGCUUUAUUGCAUGAUACGCAUAAAAUCUGGUAACUUUAUCUACACAAGAGAAGAAAUGGAUGCAAUGAUCUUCGACGUCAAAAUUCUAAGCCAAAGUGGUGCAGAUGGAUUUGUUUUCGGAGCGUUAACGGAAAACUAUCAAAUUCACAAAAAUUUCUGCAGAGAAAUAAUUUCGGCGGUUGCGCCGAAGAAAGUGACGUUCCACCGGGCAUUCGAUGAGGUUCAAGAGCCUCUUGAAGCUCUAGAAGAUGUAAUAAGCCUUGGUUUCGAAAGAAUUUUAACUUCAGGACAGAAGAAUACAGCUAUGGAGGGGUUAGAGUUGAUUAAAAGACUCGUAAAAAUUGCAGGAGAUCGGAUUAUUUUGAUGCUGGGAAGCGGUAUCAAUCCAGACAAUAUCUCCGAAAUUAAGCAGACAUCGGAAGCUAAAGAGUUUCAUGCGUCUGCCAAAGUUAAGGUUGCCGAGACGCAAACAGCAAAUAAAGUUAAAAUGGCAGAUACAGAGAGUUUUCUCUUUGUAGCGAGUGAAGAUUUGGUGAGGAAGAUGAUUGACGCUAUCAAUAAAGCGUGAUUACUUACACUUUUCAAUUGAAUUUGUCGUGGGAACUCAAUAAAUUUCUGGGCAAUUUGCUGUGAAAUCGUUUUUGCUUUUCGGAAGUAAAUUGCUAAUUUAUAAGUAACAAUAAUUAUACUCAUUGGUAAAAAAUGCAAUUGUCCACUUGUUUCAUUAAUAUCAAGUAUAUAAUUGUAUUGUAAUUAAUAAAAGGAAUAAAUGGAAACGAAAAAU